CAUUUUUGAAAAAUCCUCUUCGACACCCUCAUGGUGGACGCGAAAGUCGUGAACUCGAACCUCCUCUGGACACCCACUCCCGAGUUGAUUGCCACCUCUCACUGGACCAAGUUCACGGCCUUCGUGAACAAGAAGCAUGGUUUGUCGCUUGUGUCUGUGCACGACUUGUGGCAAUGGUCCGUCGACAACUUGUCGCACUUUUGGGCCGCGAGUUGGGAAUACACUGGUAUGCUGUCGUCCGCACCAUACACGAAAGUGAUCGAAGAUGAACACAAGAUGCCUGGUGCCAAGUUUUUCCCUGGAGCGCGCCUCAACUUCGCCGAAAACUUGCUUCGUCACCGCGACGACCGCACGGCUCUCGUGUUCAAAUCUGAAACGUCGAACAAAGCGACUCGCAUCACGUACAACCAACUGUACGAUCAAGUUGCAGCGAUGUCCCAGCGCUUGCGGCAGUUGGGCAUUGCAGUCGGCGAUCGAGUUGUGGGAUACAUGCCCAACACUCCCGAUACGAUUGUUGCCAUGCUGGCUGCUACCAGCAUUGGCGCUGUUUGGUCGAGUUGCUCCCCCGACUUUGGCAAGAACGGUGUGUUGGACCGAUUUGCUCAAAUCACGCCCAAGGUUGUGUUUGCCACGGACGGGUACUUUUACAAGGGCAAGCGCAUCGACACCCUUCCUGGAUUGAAGGACAUCCUCCAUGACUUGCCCACGGUGCAAAAGGUUGUCAUCUUUCGGUACACGAUCGCACCGUCGUACGACUUGGAUUUGUCGGCAUUGCCGAACGCGCAAUACGUGGACCACUUCCUCGCGGAAUUGAACGGGCCCGUGCAAACGCCGAUCCAGUUUGAACAACUCCCGUUUGAUCACCCCGUCUACAUCAUGUACAGCAGCGGCACGACCGGCCUGCCCAAGUGCAUCGUGCAAGGGCCUGGCGUGUUGCUAAACCACCUCAAGGAACACAUUUUGCACUUGAACGUAAGCCGUGACGACGUUGUGUUUUACUAUACUACGACGGGCUGGAUGAUGUGGAACUGGCUCGUGAGCGGCCUUGCAGUCGGCGCUACGGUCGUCCUUUUUGACGGGAACCCGCUGUACCCUGGCGUAUCAGCAUUGUGGCAAUUCGCGGAAGAAAUCGGCAUGACGGUGUUCGGCACGUCUGCCCGUUACCUGGCUGCAGUCAUGGACUCUGGUUGCAAGCCUGGCAAGGAAUUCAACCUGUCCAAGCUCAAGAUGCUCGCGUCGACGGGGUCGCCUGCCAGCACAAACAUCUUCAACUUUGUUUACACGGAAAUCAAGUCGGACAUCCAGUUUGCGUCCAUCUCGGGCGGCACCGACCUCAACGGGUGCUUUGCCUUGGGGUGCACGAACUUGCCCGUGUACAACGGUGAACUUCAACUCCGCGGUCUUGGUCUCGACGUUGCAAUCUACAGCGACAAUGGCGAAAAACUUGAACAGGCCCAGGGCGAACUCGUCUGCCUCAAGCCAUUUCCGUCCAUGCCGCUCUACUUUUAUGGCGACUCGGAUGGAUCCAAGUACUUUAGCGCAUACUUUGACGUGUUUCCGAACGUGUGGCGCCAUGGCGACUUUGCCGAGAUCACGGCCCACAACGGCAUGGUGCUGUACGGCCGCUCCGAUGCCACGUUGAACCCUGGUGGUGUGCGCAUCGGCACGGCCGACAUUUACAAGGUCGUGGAGCACAUCAAGGAAGUGGCCGACUCGGUGAUCGUGGGCCAGGAUUACACGCUGUCGGAUGGGACGCCGGACGUGAAGAUCGUCCUGUUUGUCGUGUUGCCAGCCGGUGUCCACCUGACGGCGGAGCUCCAAAAGUCGAUCUGCGCCAAGAUCCGCAAGGAAACGUCUCCUCGACACGUGCCAGGGCUCAUCGUGGCCUGUCCCGACAUCCCGUACACCGUGAGUGGCAAGAAGGUCGAAAUCGCCGUGAAGCGCAUCUUGGCGGGCAAAACCAUCACCAACGCCAGUGCAUUGCGCAACCCCGAGUCCCUUGCGUGGUUUGAGUCGUAUGCGGCGACCAUCGCUGGACAAAACUAGGUAGACAAGUGUCGUGAUAAAGGGUAGGCUGUGUGUGCAUUCCACUUCACGACGUCUCUUUGCUCGG